GCUUGAACCCAUUUAAGAAAAUACUUCUUCUAUUGCUGCGGCGCUCGAGGGAGAUAUCCUUCAAGCAGUGAACGGGCGUUCGAGUGGGGAAGAGAGAAAUCGAUCGGCGGUUUUGUACUUCGGAGGUUGCAGAAGAAGUGCUGAAGGGCAAAUCAUCGAUCUGGGAAGAAAGUUAAAGAUGAAUGAUGGAGCGAGCAGCAGCAGAAGAGGAGGAUGUGGGGAGACGGUUUUGAUUGAUCACGGCCAGCUAAGAAGCUCAUGCGGGUACUGUAGAUCCUCCUCCUACACCAGCAUCUCUCAUGGAUUGUGGGCUCAGAGCAUUAAAGCAAAUGACUAUCAAGAUCUUCUUGAUCGGGGUUGGAGGAGAUCUGGCUGUUUUCUCUACAAACCUGAGAUGGAAAGUACUUGUUGUCCUCCUUAUACCAUUCGUUUGAAUGCAUGUGAUUUUGUUCCUUCAAGGGAACAAGUUCGUGUGCAGAAGAAAAUGCAAAGGUUUGUAGAAGGUACAUUAAACCCGAGGAAACUACACCAGUUUCAAGAGGUGGGCUUCACAGAGUGCAACAUUAACUCAUGUAACAAUGAAUCAUUAGCAAUUACUAGCUCAGGAAUAUCUUCAGGAAAAUCCUUAUCUGGUAAAAUUGAAAAGAAGUUCAAUGAAGACGAGUUUUUGCAAGUUUUGGCAAAUUUGGUCAACAAUGCCAUUAGUGCUUGCAUUGAUAGAGGUGAUUUUCCUUCUAUUAAGUUUCCAACGGCAGUUGUCAAAAAGGUAAAAUUUCAAGCUAAAAGGAAACUAACGGAAGACUUGUUGUACACGAGCAACAUCCCAUUUCAGAUUGCUGCAUCAUUAAAACGACCACAAUCCGCACAAGGAAAAAAUUCUCCUUCUCAGUUGAAUAAUCCAAUUCAGAAUGGAGGAUCAUUGGAUGUCACACCCAACAUAAUUGCUGAAAUGCUAUCAUCUUCCAUAAAAUUGGAUGAUACACCUUUUGGUCUAUUAGUAAAAGCUUGCAAUGGCCAUCUUAAUUUUUGUUCUUCUACGGAACAUUCUGAAUAUUCAGAUUUGGUUUCAAAUACAGUGGCGUGUACACAAACUUUUGGAGGGGUAAGAGGUAAGGAUAAAGAAAGUUGCUCAACUGAAAGCAGUGCAAAUAUUCCAUUAAAAAAAAAGAAAUUGGAGAUAAGAAUGAAAAGAUCAUGUUUUGAUCCUGUUGAAUUUGCCUUGUACAAAAGGUAUCAAAUCAAAGUCCAUGGAGAUUUACCAGAUAAAGUAACAGAAAGUUCUUACCGUAGAUUUCUGGUGGACACGCCUAUAAUUUUUGUUCCUCCUAGUGGUACAAAGAGUACAAAGAGUGUUCCACCUUGUGGUUUUGGUUCUUUUCAUCAGCAAUAUGUUAUUGAUGGGAAACUUGUUGCUGUUGGAGUGGUUGAUAUUCUUCCAAGAUGCUUAUCUAGCAAGUAUUUAUUCUGGGACCCUGAUCUUGCCUUCCUAUCACUUGGAAAAUACUCAGCUUUACAAGAAAUAAAUUGGGUAAAAAAUUCACAUGCUCACCACCCAAGCCUCCAGUACUAUUAUCUCGGUUAUUAUAUCCAUUCCUGCAACAAAAUGAGAUACAAAGCAGCAUAUCGCCCAUCUGAGCUUCUAUGUCCCCUUCGUCAUGAGUGGGUACCAUUUGAUAUUGCUAGACCACUGCUUGACAAAAAGUCAUAUGUUGUCCUAUCAGAUUUUAAAACCCAACAUCAUCAGUCAUCUCCUAAUGACACAUCAUCUUAUCCUGAUUACAAUGGAUCAAAUAGAACUUCUCGUGAUGAAAAAAGCGAAGCAGGCAUUCUAAAUGAACAUGAGGAUAUUAAAUCAGAAGCAAAAGAUAGUGGUGAACCUUUGCGGAACGAGUUAAUGUUGUUUAAUGUUGGUAAUAUUUUAAUUGACUUGCAAGGUUCACGGCUCAGAUUCAAGAAUUUUCGACAGGUUUAUGGAGCCAUUGACAAGAGAUUCAUCAAAGAGUUGGAGCUGCAACUGGAAAGGUUCGUGGGAGUUGUGGGCAAUGAUCUCUCCGGACGUUUAAUUUACUCCCUUGGAUAGAUCAAUCAAUCAUCAAAGGUACGCCUGCAAUUUACAUGCAUAUUCUCCUUUUAAUAUGAACUGCUCUUGACUAUUAUGCUUAUUACUGUACAUCAUAAUUAGUUAUAUUUGGAAUUAGCAUUUAGACCCUCAAAAUUUUCAAAUAAACCUGGGAUAUAACAUAUAAUCACUCUCUGCACCAGUGAAUAGCUGUUUGAUGGAUGGGAUAUGCAAAUAUGUUUUUUGCAUAUAUUGAAAGUUAAAGAGACAUUUAAUUCUCUUUGUAUUUUUGUUUCUAAGUUAAUUUUUUGUU